AUGAAGAUGAAUGCAACACAGGUUUCAUAUUUCACACUGAGUGCCUACUUUGACACUGGACCUUUCAAAUAUUUGUAUUUCAUGAUUCUUACCUUUUUAUAUAUUUUGAUUAUCUGUCCCAAUGUUUCUCUGAUUGUGAUUAUCUGUAUGAACAGAAGUUUACAUGAACCUAUGUACCUGUUUCUGUGCAGCCUGUUUGUAAAUGAACUGUAUGGUAGUACAGGGUUGUUUCCAUUCCUUCUGCUUCAGAUCCUCUCUGACAUUCACACUGUUUCUGUUCACUUUUGUUUCCUGCAGAUUUUCUGUGUUUACUCUUAUGCUUGUGUGGAAUUUUUAAAUUUAGCCGUCAUGUCUUAUGACCGAUACCUCGCUAUCUGUUAUCCUCUACAAUAUAACACACAUAUGACAUACAACAAGGUCACUGCACUUAUUGCUCUGACAUGGUUGUAUCCUUUUAUUGUAAUUCUCAUUGCAGUAUCCUUAACUUCGUCUUUACAGCUGUGUGGGAACAUCAUUGACACAAUUUUCUGUGGAAACUACUCCAUAUUCAAACUGGCCUGCUCUGACACCACAGUAAAUAAUGUCUAUGGACUAAUUAUCACUUUUCUCACAGUUUGCAUUCCUCUCAUUUUAAUUCUUUACACUUACAUGAAGAUUCUUAAAGUUUGUUUCUCUGGUUCUAAACAGACCAGACAAAAAGCUGUCAGUACCUGCACACCUCACCUUGCUUCUCUGAUCAACUUUUCCCUUGGUUGUUGUCUUCAAAUAUUAUUGAACAGAUCUGAUGUGAACACUGCACCAAGUGUGUUGAACAUUUUUUUGUCAUUAUACUUUCUUACAUGCCAGCCUCUGUUUAAUCCAGUAAUGUACGGACUGAAAAUGGCCAAAAUUCAUAACAUAUGUAAAAAUCUGUUCUGUUGGAAAGUGUAG